AUGGCGGCUCUUUCCGCGUCACAUCUGAAGCAUCUCUUCUGGGGUAAUUCAAGCGAUACUGUCGAUUCUGCCGACGUCAAGGCGAAGAAUGCACAAAUCGGCGAGGAAGUUUUUGUUAAUGGCGUCCCGGUCUAUCAAGACGCCAAUGGAGCUCCCGUUGAGACGGUCAGUCCGUUAGGAUACCAUGUAGGCUGGGCUGGCAUAUUGUUCCUCAAUGUUUCGCAAAUGGUGGGGACAGGCGUAUUCAGUACACCCGGUUCGAUCUUACGCGCCCUUGACUCUGUUGGACUUUCAAUCUUGUAUUGGAUUUUUGGUUUCGUUAUAGCUGCCACUGCCCUCGCAAUCUAUUUGGAGUACGCGUCCUUGUAUCCGAACCGUUCUGGGGGACAGGUCGCGUAUCUUGAACAGGCGUUUCCGAAGCCUGCGUUCCUGUUCCCUGUUACAUACGCCUUUUUUACGGUUGUGUUCUCCUUUUCCAGCAGUAAUGCAGUUGUCCUUGCCCGUUAUAUUUACCGUGCUGCGGGCUACACUGCAUCUGAGUGGGAGAACAAAGGGCUCGCCAUGGCCUCGUACACCUUUCUUGCGUUCCUAUGCUUGAUCUCCACAAAAUGGUCCAUUCGACUCAUGAAUUUGAUCUCGCUUGUGAAGCUGAUCAUCCUUUUGUUUAUCGUGAUAACAGGUUUUGUUGUACUUGGAGGAGGCACUAGCGUCCAAGACCCGCGCGCCAACUUCCGCAACUCUUUCGAUGGCAUCACCCAGAAUGGCAACGACUUGGUCAACGCGUUAGUCAGCAUCAACUUUGCCUACCAAGGGUAUGCGAAUGCUUUCAACGUCACAAAUGAGAUCAAGAAUCCAUUCCCACUACUAAAGAAGGUGGCUCCGCUGUCGCUGAUCAUUGUGUUCGUCCUUUACGUCCUUGCCAAUGUAGCUUAUUUCGCAGCUGUACCGGCGGCGCAAAUCCGGGAGUCCGGGGAACUAGCUGCUGCUCUCUUCUUCGAAGCUGUAUUUGGUACGAAGGCUGCGAAAGGUCUUCCUGCUCUGAUAGCCGUCAGUGCAGCUGGUAACAUUAUGGCUGUAAUCAUCGGAGCCACGCGUCAGAUCCGCGAAUGCGCGCGACAGGGUGUCAUCCCUUGGCCACAUGUGUGGGCUUCGACCAAACCCUUUGGCACACCUUUCGCGCCCGUCCUCCUCAAAUGGGUCAUGACUUGUAUUAUCAUCCUCGCACUACCUUUCGGCGAUGCUUUCGACUUCUUGGUCGAUCUCAGGUCCUAUCCGGAUUCGGUCUUCAUCUUUCUGAUGGUCGUUGGCAUCUACGCUAUUCGAUAUCGUCGCAAGAAGGAAGGUUUACCGCCAGCGCAGUUCCAAGCAUGGCACUCGGCCCUGGUCUUCUCUGCGCUCGUUUGCCUCUUCAUCCUGAUCAUGCCAUGGGUACCUCCUGAGGACGGUGGUGAUUACUCAUUCUGGUACGGCACGUACAUCGUUGUUGGCAUCGGUCUACUGGUAGGUAUGGGUAUCUAUUACUAUCUGUGGGUACAUCUGCUUCCGCAACUCCGCAAAUACAGCAUCAGGACGUUGACUGUAGUCAAUGAGGAUGGCAGUGUCGUUCAUCAGCUGAAGAGAGUGCCGGAUGCAGACGUCGCGGAGUGGGAUAGGACUCAUGAUGACGCCGGUAACGUGCUCGGUGAUGCCACGGGUGUCUAUGAUACAGGCAAUUCGCACUUGGUUCACAGAAUCAAGAUUCGUGACACAGCAAUCAGCUACACCACUGGAGAGAAAGUAUAA